AUGUCUGCGGUGAUUCAGGAAUUGAAAGAUCAGGGCGCCUUGGAGGCAGCCACCACGAGUCCAAGCUUUUUAUCAACAAUGUUUCUGGUGGAAAAGGGGGAUGGCUCCAAGAGGCCCAUUUUCAACCUUCGGGCCCUGAAUUUCUACGUCCGAACCAAAUCGUUCCGCCUGAUAAAUGUUGUCAAAAUACAGGAUUUUGUACAAAGCAGGGACUGGCUUGCAAAGAUAGACCUGUCUCAAGCAUAUUUUCAUAUCCCGAUUGUGAAGAGUCAUCGGAGGUUCUUGCGCCUUGUUUACCAAAACCAGCUGCUGCAGAUGACGUGUCUCGCAUUUGGCUUGAGUUCGGCACCAAAAGUUUUCGCUUCAGUUACAAAUUGGAUCGCUCAAGUACUGAGAGAGCGUGGAUUGAGAAUCCUAGUUUAUCUGGACGAUUUUUUAAUAGCUCACCAGGAUCCACAUACUCUCCAGAUCCACAUAAACAUGGCGACGCAACUGCUACAAGAACUAGGAUGGCAGAUCAAUUGGGAAAAAUCCAUCUUAAGUCCCAGGACACGCCUCGAGUACUUGGGUAUAAUAUGGGAUCCAUGGACAGACCAGAAGAGUCUUCCCGAAAAGAAAGUUCUCAAAAUAUUGAGGUUCAUAACAAAGCUUGUUCACCAACAGGCUGCAAAUCUCAAAGAACUGCAAUCCUUAGCAGGGAUGCUGAACUUUGCAAGCUUCGUAGUACCGAGAGGUCGCCUAAACUUUCGUCUCAUACAGAAGAGAGUCAACCAGCUUCUGUGUCAAAACCCGAAGAAGCGGGUUUUGCUCCCCAGCGAAAUAUUGUCCGAAUUGGACUGGUGGAAGGCCAAUUGUCGGAACACAUCACCUAUGCAGAUCCCUCCACCAACGCAUUAUUUGACAACCGACGCAUCGGAUGUCGCAUGGGGAGGAAAAUUGAACAAUGCGCACUUCUCGGGUCUUUGGACUGCAGCCGAGAAGAAAUUACACUGCAACCAAAAAGAACUACUGACUAUUCUCAAAAUUCUGCAGCUAAAUCAGUGUCAAGAUCUAUACGACGCUUCACUUUUAAUUCAGAGCGACAACCGGACUGUGGUAGCAUAUCUGAGAAACGAAGGCGGUACUCGGUCGGACAUGCUUAUGACCUUAACCUACAAGAUAUACCAGUUUCUGGAUAUGUUUCGCAUUCAGUUACGUAUCUACCAUCUUCCAGGAAUAUACAAUGUCGAAGCCGACCACCUUUCAAGGCUCAAGGUACUCCCCGAGUGGCAUCUGCUACCAAAAGCCACGUCACCAAUCUUCCGCAAGUGGGGAACUCCUCAAAUCGACCUGUUUGCGUCCCGGACGGCGCAUGUUGUAGCGGCGUACUGUUCACUGGAUCAGACCGACAAUCAGGCGCUAUUUUGCGACGCUCUGAGCCUAACGUGGAGUUUCAAACUAGCAUGGGUCUUUCCACCCCCAUGUUUGAUACCCAAAAUCCUACACCACCUAAAUCAGGCCAAAGGAGUGUACCUAAUGGUAGUCCCCAGGUGGGAGAGAGUCUUUUGGCGCGCGGAUCUGAAGAGUCGAGCCGUGGGCCCCCCACACACGAUAUGGAACCUGAAAGACGUGCUAGUCGAUGUCGCCACCGGUCUUCCUCCGCCGAAAGUAGAUCAAAUGACUCUGGAGGUCUGGAAGUGUGGGGGUGGUCGAGGGACUUAG